UCUACUAAGCUGCCAUUAAGGACUGGAAGCUUUCGAGGAUUAUGAAGCAGUUGGGACUGGAGUUCACUAAGGGCCAAUUGCUUAGGAUUAUUGAAGGGCUUGGUCCGAAGAGAUGUUCGCAGAUAGAAAUGGCUGUAGUUGAGUGGGUAUAUGAAGAUAAGGAAAGGGGACGAAAUAAAAGCAGGUUUGUUUACACAAAACUCAUGGCAAUUCUAGGGAAAGCAAGGAAGCCAGACCAUGCUCUUAAUGUUUUCAAUCUGAUGCGUGGAAAUCGUCAUAUAUAUCCUGACAUGGCUGCAUAUCAUAGCAUUGCUAUCACACUAGUUACAUUGUUUUUGCAUAUGGUGGAUUAUGCAUGUACCCCUAAAGAAGUACAGCAGCAUUUCCAGUCAUGCAGGACGAUAAAUAGAGUCACAAUUCGAACAACAAGUUUGGCCAACCAAAGGAUUACGCUUAUGUGGAAUUUGUCAAAGUAG